AUGGCGAAAGAUGUCGCGCAGAACGUUGGAGCCACAGAUGGCAGCGACCCCAAGCCAAAGCAGCAAAAUGAGCUCAUUCUCGAGGCAUGGGCUCAAGGAUACAUGGUCGGCUCGUUGAUCAUCAUGGCCUUCAUCACUCUGGCGAAUAUGCGACGAGGAGUGUUGCUGCACAAACUAAUCCUCGGAAUAUGGCAAGGCUUCUGGCUGUUCCCUCGGAGCCCUAUCGACGCGUGGUGGCUCUCCGUCAGCGCCAUCUUCCUGAACGCAUCCUGGUCGCUUCAUAACGUCAUCGCCUGGAUGAAAAUCAGGCCUUUUCUACCACGGACCUGGAGCCUAUUAUUCAUCGGCACCGUCAUUCUGGUCCAGCCAUACUGGGUUGUCGAGAUUUACGCGAAUUUUACAUACUUCCACGGAAUUAACAAUAUUUUCAGGAAAACGCGCCCUUGGGAAGCGCUCUGCCGCGAUCCCUGGUGGAUCUUCACCACUCUCAAACUGUUCUGGGUCAUCAAGAAGCAGUACGACAUGACUUUGAAGGAGAUUAUCCGCAUCUCACCACGCUUCGGCAUCAUGCUCGCCUCUAUGGUCAUCAGUAUCAUCUUCAUCGUCUGCGACGUGCUCUCCGUCACCGGUGCCUUGCAUCUCCCCGGAACUACCGGCAUCAAUCCUUUCUGGAAGCUUGCCUUUGUAUUCAAGUGCUUGACCGAUACCAUCGUGCUAGACGACUUUAAGACGGCACUAGAUAGGUUGAGGGCCUUCAAGAUCAGCCGUCUGGGGAGCUUCUCCCAGGACAACAGUGACCGCCGGACGCGCAAUCGUGGAUCUCUUGUCGCAACAUGGGAACAGGCCGAGCGCGAUGCCCGCAAACCCCGACAUUCACCGCCGAUGCCCAGCCCUGAUGGCGAUUACGUCCACUCAAGCAACUUCCCCGGCUUCAAGCCCAAGCCCAAACCUCGGGAGAUGAAAGACUCAGUAGUGUCGCCCGACAAGGCCCUAUAUCCCCCCUCCGAUCGAAGCCUCAAUCCAGAGGACAUCGUACCCAGCGCAAUCGAAGAGCAACCGCUCAGCUCAAUGCAAGCCGCGCGCCACCCCGAGAAGAAGCAGGAUGAGUGGAUCGAUGAUCUGGACCUCCGAGAUGUGGGACAUCUUGCUGAAGAGAGGGAUUACGCACAGGCGCUGAGGGAUCUUGAAAGUAGCAGUCAGCCGUCAAGCCCGUCGAAGAGUAGUAGCUUUCCCCGACGGUCACUACCGCCUUGA